CACACACACACACACACACACAACAGGGCUGAGCUCUCCUCUGGAUCUGGAUGCGGGCAUCCUCGGAUUCUUGCUCUUUUAUAGCACAACGGGACAACAAUGGUGCACGCCUCGGUGGCUGAAUCCGUGGCUGCUGGUCGUGUAGUGGACAUGGGAUUGUGCUCAAUGUGACAUUCACUAUAUAGCACGCUGAGUGUUGAGUUUUUAUUGUUCUGUGCGUCCUGUUAAGAGACGCAGAGCAGCGAUUCUCCCGAGAAGAUGUUGAGCCGAUUCAUGAGUGGCAGCAUCAGGAAUCUGGAGCGAGAAUACAGCUGCACCGUGAGACUGCUGGAUGAUACGGAAUAUACCUGCAACAUUCAGCGGGAUGCAAAGGGACAGUAUCUGUUUGACAUCAUCUGCCACCAUCUCAAUUUGCUGGAGAAAGACUAUUUUGGCAUCAGAUAUGUGGAUCCAGACAAGCAACGGCACUGGUUGGAGUUCUCAAAAUCAAUUGCAAAGCAAAUGAAAUCUCAGCCUCCCUUCACCAUGUGUCUGAGAGUCAAGUUCUACCCUCCUGAACCCGCUUCUCUAAAGGAGGAAAUCACUCGAUAUCUUGUCUUCCUGCAAAUCAAGAGAGACCUCUACCACGGGCGGCUCCUGUGUAAAACGUCGGACGCGGCCAUGCUGGCUGCACACAUCCUUCAAGCUGAGAUCGGUAACUACGACCCUGGGAAGCAUCCUGAAGGUUACAGCUCCAAAUUCCAGUUCUUCCCCAAACAUUCGGAGAAGCUGGAGCGCCGGAUUUCAGACUUACACAAGACGGAGCUGAUUGGACAGACACCUGAAACAUCAGAGCGAAAUUUCCUGCAGAAAUCCCAGAUGCUGGAGACAUAUGGUGUUGAUCCGCAUCCAUGCAAGGAUGUGUCUGGGAACCCGGCUUUUCUCGCCUUCACACCGUUUGGUUUUGUGGUGCUUCAGGGAAACAAGAGGGUUCAUUUUCUCAAAUGGAACGAGGUGACCAAACUGAAGUUCGAAGGCAAGACGUUCCACGUAUAUGCACAUCAGAAGGAGAUCAUCUUGACGUACUUUGCGCCCACACCGGAGGCAUGCAAGCACCUCUGGAAGUGUGGAGUGGAGAACCAGGCUUUCUAUAAGCUUGAUAAGUCCAGUCAGGUUCGCACGGUGUCCAGCAGCAACCUGUUCUUCAAGGGCAGCCGUUUCCGUUACAGUGGACGAGUGGCAAAAGAGGUGAUGGAGCAGAGUGCCAAAAUCAAACGCGAACCUCCAGAAAUACACAGGGCUGGCCUCGUGCCAAGCAGAAGUUGUCCAUCCAUCACCCACGGGCCUCGCCUCAGCAGUGUGCCGCGUACGCGUCGGAAAGCUGUGCACAUAUCUAUCAUGGAGGGUCUGGAGUCAUUGCGUGACAGUGCCCACUCUACACCGGUGCGUUCAGUGUCCCACAGCGACUGCUUCAUGCCACGCUCCCGGAGCCAGGCCACAGACCACAGCGAGAGGACUGCGGUGAUCUCGGACGAGGCCUACAGCCCGUCCGACAGCGUCCUGCCCACCCCGGUGGCCGAGCACAGCAUGGAGAUGGCUGUCUCGCGCCAGAUCAACGGGGCGCCCUGCAGCAUUGAGGAGGAGAAGGAGUCGGAGGCGGGCACCCCCCGCGGGGAAGGGGGUGAUUUUGGUGCGGACGGUAGAUCCGCACAGGAGGGCGCUGGGGUGGACUCGGCCCUCAGCGAGGUGGAACAGGUGAAUACAUUUGUCUUAAGUGUCCUGCGUUUGCUCCUUGUGACCAUUGGACUCCUCUUUGUCUUGCUCCUCCUCCUCAUCAUCCUCACCGAGUCAGACCUUGACAUUGCAUUUUUACGUGAUAUCCGCCAGACCCCCGAGUUUGAGCAGUUCCAUUACGAAUACUUUUGUCCCCUCAGGCGGUGGUUUGCCUGCAAGCUCCGCUGGGUGGGCGGGUUGCUCAUUAACAAGUGAGAGUGAGGUCGUAGAGUUCGUAAAGCCCGUUCGAGGGUCUGAGAUGACGGUUAGGACUCCGGAGUGAUGGAGGGCAGCCUCGUCCCAACCAUGAACCCUGCUUCUCUCAUCCUCCUCCUGCAGACACACAGCUUGGACCACUCCUGGUAUCACCAGGCCAGGAUCCUUAUUAUUCUCCUCCACUUUGAGUUAACCCCCCCCCACCCACCAAACCACCUCCUCGUUUCGUUUAUUUUCUCCCGUUUUCUUUUUCUUUUUUUUCUACAAAACCAGAGGAUUUUUUUUUUUCAUUUUUUUUUUUUAUUUCAACUCAUUUCAGGGUAUUUUAUUUUUUCAAAUAACACAAAGGAAAAAAAUCAAAGAACUGAAGAAGUUUAAACAGUUCCUUUUACAGGAACGGAAGAUUUUGUCGCAACAGAUGAACGUUGCCUUCAUUUAUUAUUUAUUGCUUUUAUUAAUCAUGUAUUUGCAUAUAUGAAAAGGAGAAGAUAUGAACAGCAAUCGAGGAAGUUGUCAUUGAAAUGAAGAUGGAAAUGAGUUAUGUUAUAGAGUCGAUCGUCCAAUGCAUUCUCAUCCCAACUUGUCAUAUACUGACACUUUGCCGGACCCCUCAGCAUCACUCUUUUGGCCGCAUUAAACACAUACUUAAUGUUGUGAAAUAAACAACAUUAAGGUUCAGGCAAUAAAUCCACUAUCUUUCCUAACUAGGUUUAGGAAAAAAAACAACAUGGUACUACAAACUACUACGUUUGUACAGUAAAAAUGGAUGAAAGCCUUGUGUUUGUUGGACCCAUCCAUCUCCCGUCCUGCCUGCCUGGUGCGUGUCUUUCCUCUCUUAAAGCUACGUCACCACACUGUCCGGCACACUUUCCCUGAGCGUUUAAUAUUGACGCGGAUGGGUUUAGUUAAUAGAAAGCCCGGUGCAUUUCAUACCAACGCUAAAGGGUGCCUUUAAGCGUCGGUAUCUAACGCCGACGGCCGUGACAAAGUGUCUGUGUUUGACACCCUGGGAAUGAGAACGAGCUGGAUAGUCCUGCUGCUGUGAAGUAUAUGUGAGGUAAAGUAGUAUAAUAUCUUUUGAUAUUGGUUCAUCCCCAUCAGACGUCAACUAGACAAACAGCAGAUUCACCUCUGAAGGGAAUAAAAGUGAAGGUUGAUGAAACAGAGAGCAGACAGGGUGAUUACCAAAUGCCUUUUUGAGAAGAUGUUGAUGACUGAAUUUUGUGGAUUGUUUUAAGACACAAUUACACUUCAGUAAACAACGGUGUACAAAGUAAACCGAUGAAGAACACAGUUGUUUUUCUAACAUUUUAUAGGGAUACAGUAACAUAAACCGAUAGUGUUAUGUGAGAUAGAGAAAUAUUCAUGAAGAGCAAUGAUUCGCUGGCACCAAUAGAUAAUAGUCUAGAUAGAUAUGGUUUUAAUAAUUAAGUACUUUUGAAUGUGCUCAUUUGUUCAGUUGUUCUGUUAUUUCUCCAAUUAAUUUGCAUUUUUUUCAUCAAGUUGAAAUUCGAUGAAUUUCAAUAAUUUCUUUGUAUGAAGAGUUUAUUUUGAUUUAUUUUGGUUUCAUAUCAACCUUGCUCUUAGGUUUAUGUAUCAUACUAUAUUAUUAUUAUUAUUAGAAUAAGAAUAAUGAUGUACUUUUUGUACAAAUUAGUUUGUUUCCUAAUAUAUAUUGACAGGUUUUCCAUGUAUAUUUUAACAGAACUGAAAUGUUAUUUUGUUAUUGAAGAUUAAAUUAUACCUUUUUUAGCGCUGUGUUUCAAGUAAGGUCAGAAGCAUUUAUGGAAAUGUGGAAGUGGGGACUUAAAAAAACAAAAACAAAAAAAAAAAAAACAGGGUUUUUAUCCAGAUCCACUCAACACUGAUCACACCUCUCAUCUCUCCACCAGCAGUGAAUCAGACUUCAGUGUGUGCACAAUUUUAAUGAUCAUUUUAAUGAACAUGUAUUUGUACAGAAUGAAAUCUGGAGAUAUCAUAACACCAACACAAAUACCAAAUAGUCCAAAAGCACAUUUUCAUCUUUAUAACUUUACCAUAUCUUAUUUUACUUGAAGAGUUUGGAGAGGUGACUGCGAGCCUGACCGAUACAGGAUCUUGUCAUUUGUUCGUUGACCUAUGACCUAUCCUCACACUGAAAUUCAUUCAAUUCUAUCGGUCGAUAGAAAAUUAAUUGGCAGCUAUUUUGAUAAUCAUUUAAUAGCCAUAUUUCAAGCAAAAAUGGCAAACAUUUUCUGUUUUUUCCAAUGUGAAGAUUUUCUGAUUUUCUCUGAUUUUUGCAAAUUGAAGAUCUUUCAAACCUAUUUUGAAUAUGUCACCUUGGGUCUCGAGAAAUGAUAAUGGGCAUUUUUCAUUAUUUUCUGACAUUUUAAUGACUGAAAAAUGAAUCAAUUAAUUUAAAAAAUAAUGGGGAGAUUAAAAGAUAAUUCAAUAAUUGUUAUUUGCAGCCCUAAACAAAAUGUUUUGUCCUAAUAAAUUAAGAAUGAACAGUUAAAUGAGCAAACACAACCUCUUUGGUGGAGUUAACAAUUAAGUUUGUAAUGAUGACAUUUACUGAGGUACCUCGUGCAUUAUGUACUUCAGUUACUUCCCCUUGAUUUCCAUACCCGCCAAAAUAAAAGCAGACACCAAUAUAUAUGUGAUAAGCCCAUAUUGGUGAAUAAGAUCUGCCAUUUAGAUUUGUCGGUCAGGCUCUCAACUCUUCUGCCUCACAGCUCCAGGAAGCAAUAACUGCCACAGCUGCUGGAUUCUGGGUAAAAUCUGUUUUUUGUAUUGCGUGUCUACCUCCUGCACCAAGUGCAGGUGUAAGUGUUACUGUGUCUGUAUGUAGGAAUGGAAACAAGGUUCAAGGUGGUUGUGAUGAAGGUUUAGAUGGAGAGGAGUAAAGAAAUAUUUUGCAAAAGGAAACUUAGAGGAAGAAUAAGAGAAAGGAAAUGAGAGAAAGGUAGAAAAGAUUGAUUUAAAAAAUUGGGAAUGGGAGGCACUGACUCAUGACUCUAAUAGCUGUACAGGGUUGCUUGUUUUUGACCUGCUAUUUCAAACGCCACACUCUCAUACCAGCACCUGCAGCUGCUCCCCGACGGUGCUACCUUCUUCGUUUGCUCCUGUGUAAAUCCGAGCGGCUAAAUUGUAGUCCUGACCACAGAGUAGCACGCACUUUGGCGUUGUGGCUGGAUCCACUCCUGUAGCUCAUUAUCCUUCACUAGUUAUCUGUGGUGGAAGGAGCAGCACUGACAUUUCCCAGCUAGAGGGAAUAUCACAUCAUUAGCUGGCAACUAACCGGUCAUACAUACAGUGUAGGAGCUUGUUUAUGUCAAGUUAAUCAUGUGUAACUCGGAUACAUCCAGUAAAUAGCAAUGCAAAGAUGAAGCACAUUUUCCUAACGGGGUGGAGCAGGGUGGGCGGGUUGACUUUUUUUUUUUAUGUAUACAUUCAUACUUCAUAUUUAUUACUUCUUUACUGACGUAAAAGGUCAACAUGACCGGCCAGUCCAGCCAGGCUGAGUUGUUAGCAGGACAUCUUUUAAAGGUCAGUCUGCGGAAGGUGUUUCUCAUACAUCUAUCAGCAUUAUGUAGCUUCAGUGGUCUCUCUGAACAUGCAACAAUUACAAAAGAAAGAACAAGGCAGCAUUAUUCAAGGAGCAAUAAUCAGCUGUAAGAGCAAAAAGAUUUACAAACGUGUGUAAAAAAAAAAAUCCAACAAUGAGUAAGUCAAAUAUGUCCUUUCUGUUUCUAGACAACCACGUACCAAAUUGUUGCUGUGCCGACUCUAACGAUGACCACUGAGACACUUAAUUACUGUUGCAUUCAUUAAGAACAUUUUAUAAAAAUCAGUUUUUCCUUA